AUGGCUGAACAGCUCUACUACCUGCCGCGCGGCUCGCGCAUCCUGGUCACCGGCGCGAACGGCUUCAUUGGGAGCAAUGUCGUUCACAGUCUGCUUGAACUAGGCUUCAAGGUUCGUGGGACUGUCCGCGCACCGAAACCAUGGCUCGAUGAGAUGUUCCGCGGGAAGUUCGGGCGGGACUCGUAUGAGUCUGUUAUCCUUGCUAACUUUGAGAACGUGGAUACUCUCGUUGGUAUAAUGGAUGGUGUAUCCGGGGUGGCGCAUGUGGCAUCAGAUGUUAGCUUCAGUGCGAAUCCGGAAGAGGUUGUGCCGUGGGUGUUGAGAGCUGUUCAUAAUGUGCUGGAGGCUGCAUCGAGAAAUUUUGCUAUCCGGCGGGUUGUCAUGACCUCUUCUGCGGUCACGGCGUUGUUUCCGGAGCCAAAUAAGGAGGGUGUUGUUGUUCGUGAGGACUCCUGGAAUGACGAGGCUAUCAAGCUAGCCUAUGAUUCGGAUGCUCCACCACUUGUGAAGGGCCUUUACACUUAUGCUGCCUCCAAGACCGAGGGAGAGAAGGCAGCAUGGAGAUGGAUGGAGAAGAACAAGCCAGGCUUCCAAUUCAACACCGUGUUGCCGGAUUUUACCCUCGGGAGAAUCCUACAUGAACAGAUCCACGGCUCGACAAUGGGCUGGGUCACUGGCCUACCAAAAGGUGACACACGGAUUUUCGAGACAUUUGUGCCGCAAUACUUCUGCGAUGUUAUCGAUAUUGCGCGUCUCCACGUAGCGGCCCUCCUCGACCCAAAUACAGUCUCUCGUCGACUCUUCGGAUUUGCAGCUCCGAUCAACCUCACUGAUGUAAUCUCAGUCGUUCGAAAGCUCCAGCCUAAUAAUACAUUGAUUCCUGAACCUCCUGUUGACGAGGGCCGUGAUCUGAGUGAGGUUAUCCCGGCGAAGGAAGCAGAAAAGCUCCUACGGGAAUUCUGUGGGCGAAAAGGGUGGACUUCGUUGGAGGAUAGUAUUGCCCAGGGACUUGAGGUGUCUCGAAAACCGUUGUGUUCGUUGUAA